AUGUUUUCAGGUUGUGACAGGAAGCUGAGGACCCUGGAGGAAUUUAUUGAAUUUCCUGUCUCUGUUUCCUGGUUUCUAGAUUUUGAGAAUUGGCUUAUAUCAGAGCCCCUGAAGCACCCCGACUUCUUUAACGUGAAGGAGCUCCUCUCUGUGAAGACGCUGUUUGAUGCCCGUGUCCAUCUCGGUCACAAGAAAGGAUGUCGCCACAGGCUGAUGGAGCCGUACAUCUUCGGAUGCCGUCUUGAUCAGGAUAUCGUUGAUCUGGACAAGACUCUGGAGCACCUCUGGCUAAUGCUGAAUUUUACCGCUCACGUCGCUUACCGCAAGGGAGUCAUUCUGUUUGUGAGCCGCCGCCGUCAAUUCACCCACACGGUGGAGACCCUAGCAAAGGAGUGCGGGGAAUAUGCCCACACGCGCUUCUGGCAGGGCGGCCUGCUGACCAACGCCAGCAUCCAGUAUGGGAAAGGUGUUCGUCUGCCGGACCUCAUCAUCUUUCUCAACACCCUGAACACCGUGUUUGAGCAGCAUGUGGCCAUCCGUGAUGCCGCCAAGAUGAAUAUCCCGACGGCAGGGAUAGUGGAUACCAACUGUAACCCCAGCCUAAUCACCUACCCGGUGCCUGGUAACGAUGAUAGCCCGAAUUCCAUUGAACUGUACUGUCAGCUGCUGAAAAUUGUCAUCAACCGUGCCAAGGACAAACGGAAACAGAUGGAAAUUCUCUACGGACUCAGAGAGAAGAUUGGCUCUUCCUAGAUCACUUCCUGUCCAGCUGAGAUAAUAUGGAGGAUGCCACU